CGUCCGUUAUUUACAAUCAGCCAAUCACGUACGUACGCAGUAUACAUCGAGCCAAUCACAUGAAAGAGAAGGCGGGAUUAACAGAAACACGGAUGGGGUGAAAAUGAAAUCGCUUUGAGUCUCGGAAGAGUUCAGGACGCAGUUUACGGAGAAUAGACAUCAUGUGGCUACAGUUAUGUAUGGGACUGUUUGCUGUUUGCCUGGUACAAGCUACACAGCCUAUUUUACGAAACACCAGGAAGCUGGAUCCGGAAAUCAAUAUGAAUAUUAGUGAGAUCAUCAGACACUGGGGUUAUCCAGCGGAAGAGUUCGAGGUGGUCACUGAGGACGGCUACAUCCUGAGCGUCAACAGGAUACCACACGGCAUCCAGAGUAAAUUCCAGCAAGAACCCAAGCCUGUGGUGUUCCUUCAGCAUGGGCUCCUGGCCGCAGGAAGUAACUGGGUGACCAACCUUCCCAACACCAGCCUUGGUUUUUUGCUAGCUGAUGCUGGGUUUGAUGUGUGGAUCGGAAACAGCCGUGGGAACACCUGGUCAAGAAAACACGUCAAGUUCACCCCUGGCCAAAAAGAGUACUGGCAAUUUAGCCAUGAUGAAAUGGCUAAGAAGGACCUUCCAGCAGUAAUAAACUUCAUCACAAAAACCACAAGACAGGAGCAGAUUUUCUAUGUCGGCCAUUCUCAGGGAACCACCAUUGCCUUUAUGGCAUUUUCCACAAUGCCAGAGCUGGCUAGCAAAAUAAAGAUGUUUUUCGCACUGGCCCCUGUAGCCACAGUGGCCUUCACAGAAAGUCCUAUGGGCAAACUGAGUAUCCUCCCGGAGUUUGUCAUCUGGAAAUUAUUCGGGAACAAAGACUUUUUACCUCAGAGUACUCUCAUCAAGUUUUUUGCCACCCAGUUCUGCAGCAAGAAACCAAUCAGCGUUUUGUGUGGAAACAUAUUUUUCCUCUUAUGUGGUUUCGAUGAGAGAAACCUGAACAUGACCCGAACGCCUGUGUACACGACACACUGUCCAGCCGGAACCUCUGUCCAGAACAUGGUGCACUGGGCUCAGGCUAUAAAGAGUAAGAAACUGAUGGCAUAUGAUUACGGAAAGGCUGGAAAUAUGGCUCAUUAUAAUCAGUCAACUCCUCCUCUGUACUACGUGCGGGACAUGAAGGUGCCCACAGCCCUGUGGUCCGGGGGACAUGACACGCUGGCAGACCCAAAGGACAUGGCAUUGCUGCUCACACAGAUCCCCAACCUGGUGUUUCAUCGCAACAUCCAGCACUGGGAGCACUUGGACUUCAUCUGGGGCCUGGACGCCCCGCAGGAGAUGUACGAACCGAUGAUCAAGCUGAUGAGACAAAACGUCUGAACGCCUUUUAGCAACAAAUUUUUAAGCAUUUUUAGUUUCUAACUCUACAACAACAAGCACUAUGCAUCUCUGACAGAAUCCUUAGCCGGGAAUUAUGGCAUUAACAUUUUUACUUCCUUUUACAUGAUUUGUUUGACCUCAGAUUUAUCCGACAUCAUCUAACACAUUUGAUCAGUAAACAUGCCGUUAGCACAAGCGCUGUGAAUGUAUCUAAGUGAUUACUGAGCCAAGUGUUGAUAAGACACUACUUUCCCUAAUGUUUUUCACAGGGUACACUAUGUUUAAUGUGAACUGAACAGAUUUUAGCCUUUUAGCCUCUAAUUAUGAAGUAAUGUUUGAUUUUUCUUGGAUUGCGAGAUUGUAUUUUAAAUUUUCUCAAGGCACUUUCUCAAGCUUUUUUUUUUCCCCCCUCUCUCCUUGAAAGAUCAUUUGACUUACUUUAUAAAUCAGUGGACUCAAACCCAAUAAACAUUCAUAAUCAAAUAAAA